CAUCGUUUCUGUUAACUCAUUGUGUUUGCAUUCUGCAUCGCUUUCAAGUCACGCUCUGCGGAUAACGACUGGUAAUUUCCCACCGUACGGAAUUUCCAAAGGAUCAUCCGCUAACCCCCGAGUAUCGUUUCCGUACACAAGCGCCGAUUUUAUCGGCGGACUCCAGCAAAGUUGUGUAGAGAGCAAAGUUCACCGGCACGGUUUGAUAAAAUUUGGAUAGAUUAGAAGUGAUAGCAGAUAUCGAAGCGACGAUUCCGACGGAUUCCGAUCAGUCUUGAAGUUUUGCCCAGUAUAGACGUACACGAUUUGUUGGGAAAUAACACGUGAUCUAGAAAAAAAAGUUUCACAGGUUCAGCGAAAAUCAUGUUCCAGCUAGCAGGACAGGUUGUCAGCCGUAAUGGCCAGCAGUUGCUGCGCUACGGAGCGGUUAGAUGUCUGUCAGCUACCGGCAAAGUGGACCCACCAAAACCGAACCAAUCCUUCAUGAUGAAUCUGUUCAGCGGACAGUUACAGACGUCCCAGCUGUUCCCAUACCCGGAAGCGCUGAACGAGGAUCAGCGCGAGUACAUCCAGGCCCUCGUUGAUCCCUUCAACCGGUUCUUCGUCGAAGUUAACGAUCGCAACAAGAACGACAACACGGCGAACGUGGACCGGCAGACCAUGGAUGCCUACUGGGAGUUGGGCGCCAUGGGUUACGCAAUACCGGAAGAACACGGUGGGCUGGCCCUCAUGAACGUUCAAGCGGCACGACUCGGAGACAUCUCCGGUGGAAGUGAUCUGGCGUUCGCAAUCCACUCGGGAGCGCAUCAAACGAUCGGAACCAAGGGAAUCCUGCUGUACGGAACCAAAGCGCAAAAGGACAAGUACCUGCCGCAACUGGCAACGGGCAAGGUGUUUGGGGCGUUCGCUUUGACGGAACCGUCCGUUGGUUCGGACGCUGCAUCUGUCAAGUCUCGAGCCGUGCUGAGUCCUUGCGGGAAGUACUACAUCUUGAACGGUUCGAAGAUCUGGUGUUCCGGAGGAGGAAUCGCCGACAUUUUCACAACCUUCGCUCAGACGGAGGUCGUUGAUCCCAAGACGGGGGAGAAGAAAGACAAGAUGACCGCUUUCAUCGUUGAGCGAGGAUUCGAAGGAGUCACUACCGGACCUCCGGAAAGCAAAAUGGGACUCAAGUGCUCCGUCACCACGGACGUGUACUAUGACGAUGUAAAGGUCCCUGUUGAGAACGUUCUAGGGGAAGUCGGUAAUGGUUUCAAGGUUGCGGUCAACAUACUGAACUCUGGAAGAUUCGGACUAACCGCCAUGCUGACCGGAACUAUGCGAACCUGCAUCCAGAAGGCUGCGGAGCACGUCACGACACGAGUUCAGUUCAAGCGGAAGCUUAAGGACUUUGAGAAUGUUCAGGAGAAGCUCGCCAAAAUGGCGAUGCAUCACUACGUUGCGCAAACGCUGACGUACAUGGUUGCCGGAAACAUGGACAAGGGUUCAAUGGACUACCAUCUGGAGGCGGCCAUCACGAAGAUCUUCGGAACGGAAGCGGGUUGGUACGUUUGCGACGAAGCCAUCCAACUACUGGGAGGUAACGGGUACAUGAAGGCCACCGGCUUGGAACAGUUCUUGAGGGACAUGCGAGUGUUCCGGAUCUUCGAAGGAGCGAACGACGUGUUAAGGUUGUUUAUCGCUCUCACCGGUAUUCAGUACGCCGGAAAUCAACUCAAAGGACUACAAAAAGCACUCAAGAAUCCGCUGUCGAAUAUGGGCACGAUUUUCAAUGAAGGAUCCAAGCGAGUUUCGCGCAGCUUCGGUGCGGGAGCUACCGACCUUAGCGAGUUCGUUGUCGAUCCGUUGAAAGACUCAGCCAAGUUGUGUUCCCAGUCCAUCGACCAGUUCAGCCAAACCGUAGAAUCCCUGCUCAUCAAGCACGGCAAGGGCAUCGUCGAGCGGCAGUUCAUACUGGCCCGGAUAGCGGACUCGGCGAUCGACAUCUACACGAUGGCCUGCGUGCUGUCCCGGGCGACGCGAGCCGUCCAGAAGGGGCUGCCCUCGGCGGAACAUGAAGUGCUGAUGUCGCAGGCGUGGUGUGUUGAGGGUCACAACCGUGUGCAGCAGAAUAUUCUACGGAUCAAGUCCGAUGCGUUCCAGAGCAACUACCAGAAAAUGGGGCAGAUUGCGAAGAACAUUUGCGACCAUCAAGGUGUGGCGCAUACGAACCCGUUGGAAGUGGAUUAAAUAUUGUUGUAGUAUUAAAAUAUGAAUUAUACGUUUGUUAUAUUUAAUGAGAA